AUGAAGUUGAAUCUGGCCACUGGCCUUAUCUUCUUCUUGGCUUCCACUGAAGCUGUAGCAGCUUCAAGCUGGUGGAGCAAGGCUGUGUACAACAAAUGGCACGAAACGGAGCUGGAGAGAUGGCUUUCUGAUCACGACAUCCCUCACCCUAGUCCUGCCGACCGUCGCGAUCUCGAGAACUUGGUCAAGACCAACUGGGAUACAAAGGUGCAGAAGCCUCUUGGAAACAUUGCCGACCAAGCCAAUGACCAGCUUCACCACGCAAAGGAAUGGAUCUUUGACACUUGGUCCGAUACUCAACUGAAAGCAUUCCUUGACCGUCACGGAAUCCCAGCCCCCCAGCCCCGCAAACGCGACAUCCUCAUCAAGGCCGCGCGUGAGAACUAUGAAAAGGUCGCCACCAAAGUCGGCGAGACAGCUUCUUACCCCGGAGACUGGGUAUACGAGAACUGGUCUGAUUCCGAUCUCAAGGCUUGGCUAGACGAGCGUGGAUGGCCCGCACCCCAGCCCUCCACCCGCGACAAGCUCAUUGCAUCCGUACGCCGCAACUCCCGCCUUGUUAGCCUGCAGGCGCGCAGCAUUGCCGCAUCUGCAUCUGCCGAAGCCGAAGCUGCCAAAGAGUCUCUGAGCGAGGAGCUUUUCAACGCCUGGUCCGACUCCAAGCUGAAGGAAUUCCUCGAUGAGCAUGACGUCAAGGUUCCCCAGGGCUCCAAGCGCAACGAACUCAUUGCGCUGGCCCGUAAGCACCGCUACAACCUUUCUAAGCAGGCUUCGAGUGCGGCUGGCGCUGCCCAAGAUGCCUUUGGCGCCGCUACCACUAAAGCUGGUAACCAGUAUGCUCGCGCUACUGAGGAUGCCAAGCUGAAGGCUGAAGAUGGCUUCGAGGCUGCUUUGAAUGGCUGGUCUGACUCUCGCCUCAAGGCUUUCCUCGAUGCUCGCAGCGUCCCUGUUCCCCAGAAUGGCAAGCGUGACGAGCUCAUCGCUACGGUUCGCGCCAAUGCCCACAAGGCUGCUGGUGGAUGGAACCAAUACAACUUCGAUACCUGGGACAAGGAGCAUCUCUUGAGAUAUCUCUCUGCUGUGAACCACAAGGCGGCUAAGAAGGCCGACGCCUCACGCGAAGAGCUUGUCAAGCAUGCCGAGGACUCUUACGCCAAGGCCUCCAAGGUCGGUGGCGAGCAGUACGCAUCUGCGACUGCAUCUCUCGCACAGGCAACUGGAUCGGCCAAGGAUUCCACUUUCGAUCAAUGGUCGCAGUCAGAGCUCAAGAGAUACCUUGACAACUACGGCAUCCCUACCUACCAGGGCUCCAGUAUCAACGAACUCCGCGCUGCCGCCCGACGAAAUGCCCAAUACUUCAAGUAUGGCACCACAAACCCGCAGGACACCAUCUAUGCCCGAGUCAUGGAGACUCUGCACUGGGCUGUGGAGCAGAUCAAGCUCGGCGCUGCCAGUGGACGGGCUCAGGGCUCCGAUGCUGCCGAGAAGGUCCAGGAGAAGGUCUCUGAGAAAACCGAACGAGUGCGCGGUGAACUGUGA